ACUCCCCAAGACAACCACCACUCGCUCACUCACCGAUAAAAGCCUUCCCCUCAAACCACAAAAAACCCUCCCAUCAGCAAAGAUGCAGUUCUCCACCAUCAUCGCCACCAUCUUCGUCGCGGCCACCGGUGCCGUUGCCCUCCCCGCCGAGGUCCAGGAGCGCCAGGUUCCCUACACUCCCUGCUCCGGCCUGUACGGCUCUGCUCAGUGCUGUGCGACCGACAUCCUCGGCCUCGCCAACCUCGACUGUGGCCAGCCCUCAGACGCCCCCGUCGAUGCCGACAACUUCUCCGAGAUCUGCGCCGCCAUCGGCCAGCGUGCUCGCUGCUGCGUCCUGCCCAUCCUUGACCAGGGUAUCCUCUGCAACACCCCCGCUGGUGUUACUCCGUAA